CGCGCCCCGGGGCCCGCCCUCUCGCCGCCGCGACAAGAUGGCGCCGUCCGCGCCGCUGCUGGCAGUCCGAGGCUCUGAAGGGCUCUACAUGGUGAAUGGUCCUCCAAGCUUUUCGGAAAAUACAACGUUUCUAAGGGACUCAGGAAAAAAUUGCAAAGUCUGUUGCUUUAGCAGAGAUGGAAACCUCUUUGCUUGGUGUAAUGGAGAAAAAGUGAAUAUAGCGAAUGUGUCCGACAACGGGCUGCUGCAGUCCUUGAAUCUCCCGAAGGUGGUCUGCCUCGCGUUCUCUCCAAAGAACAGCAUCCUGGCCACGUGGCAGCCAUACUCAACUGCUAAAGAUGGCACAUCCGGCACACCCAACCUGCAGCUUUAUGACACGAAAACUGGGAAGUGUUUAAAGGCUUUCAUCCAGAAAAAGAUGCAGAACUGGUGUCCGUGCUGGGCAGAUGAUGAAAGUAUUUGUGCCAGGAAUGUUAGCAAUGAGGUUCACUUCUUUGAAAACAACAAUUUUAAUACAAUUGCAAAUAAACUUCACCUGCAAAAGAUUAGUGAUUUUGUGCUGUCCCCAGGAGCCCAGCCAUCCAAGGUGGCUGUGUACGUCCCUGGAAGCAAAGGUGCCCCUUCCUUUGUGAGAUUAUACCAGUACCCCAAUUUUGGGGGGCCCCAUGCUGCCUUGGCCAACAAAAGUUUCUUUAAAGCUGACAAGGUUACAAUGUUGUGGAACAAAAAAGCUACGGCCGUGUUAGUAAUAGCCAGCACUGAGGUAGACAAGACUGGAGCUUCGUAUUAUGGAGAGCAGACGCUUCACUACAUCGCAACAAAUGGAGAAAGUGCCGUAGUCCAGUUACCAAAAAGCGGCCCCAUUUACGACGUGGCGUGGAAUGCCAGUUCCACCGAGUUUUGUGCGGUUUACGGGUUCAUGCCCGCCAAGGCGACCAUUUUCAAUUUAAAAUGCGAUCCCGUGUUUGAUUUCGGAACCGGUCCUCGCAACGCCGUCUACUACAACCCUCACGGACACAUCUUGGUGCUCGCCGGAUUUGGGAAUCUCCGGGGCCAGAUGGAAGUGUGGGACGUUAAGAACUACAGACUUAUUUCUAAACCGCAAGCCUCAGAUUCUACAUAUUUUGCCUGGUGCCCAGACGGGGAGCAUAUUGUAACUGCCACGUGCGCGCCGAGGUUACGUGUAAGCAAUGGCUUCAAAAUCUGGCAUUACACCGGCUCCGUCCUCCACAAGUACGACGUGCCACCCAGUGCGGAAAUAUGGCAGGUUUCCUGGCAGCCGUUUUUAGACGGAGUCUUUCCGGCCAAAGCGGUCACCUACCAAGCGGUGCCAAGCGAAGUGCCGAGCCAGGAACCCAAGGUGGCACAGGCCUACCGACCGCCGGCUCUAAGAAACAAACCGGUGACCGGCUCCAAACUGCAUGAGGAGGAGCCCCCUCAAAACAUGAAACCGGGAAACGACAAGCCAUUGUCUAAAACGGCACUUAAAAAUCAAAGGAAGCACGAAGCUAAGAAGGCGGCAAAACAGGAAGCAAGAAAUGACGGGGGCGAAGAUCUGGCCGCUGGCCCCGCCCCACAGAGCGCCCCCCGCAGCGCCGCACCCCUGCCCACAUCCGGCGACCCGGAGGUAGACAAGAAAAUCAAGAACUUGAGAAAGAAACUGAAAGCGAUUGAGCAGCUGAAAGAACAGGCGGCCACUGGAAAACAGCUAGAGAAAAACCAGGUGGAGAAAAUUCAGAAAGAGGCAGCCCUCCUCCAGGAACUGGAAGAUUUGGAACUGAACAUUUAACAUUUUCCAGAAAGCCGGUUUCUUCUAGGAAUUCAAUGCACAUGCGAUUUGUUGUCCCAUGAAUUAUAGUAGUUGAUCAUUUCAGUUUCAGGGAGUUGAGUGUACACAUGUAUGUACUGUUCACUUACAGCACUCAAUAUUUUUCCUAAGAAUCUGGGCAUGUGAGAGAGAAUAAAUUUAAUGAUGUUUAUUAAA